UGUAGCACUGUGCAGCAGCAAUAGCCAUUGUGAGGGCAGAGGAGCAGGGGGAGGAGGGAGACUUGUGUUAGUGCAACACUCAUGUGCUUCUAGGCACAGCUGCAUCAUUCCAAAUAGUCUGCUGCUGCUGCCUGUCACCCAGUGGGCAAUGGAAAUAGCACAAGGUUCUCUCGGGAGAGUGCGCUCUCCGCUCCCUGCCCAUUCAUAGGAAGAACUGGAAUGUAAACAAAAAGUCAGAGCAGCUAAAGCAAAAGGCUAAAUCCUCCUUUCUCUUUGGAGACAGUUACUUGUAGUGAGUGGUGCGUCUUGUUUGCUGUGUAUCCUCCUCCUCCCACCUCCUCCUCCUCAGCAGGGACCAGCCUCGCACCAUGGAGGGAAGCUGCAGCCUGCAAAGCCAGGAGCAGGAGGGCAUAGAGUCGUGGCUGGACGAUCACUGGGACUUCACACACUCGUACUUUGUGAGGAAAGCCACAAGAGAAAUGGUCAACGCAUGGUUUGCUGAACGAGUUCAUACAAUACCAGCUAGUAAAGAGCAAGGAAAAAAUAAUUCAGAGUCUAAUCCUCAGGUGUGCUAUUCAGAAAAUACCACUCAGGGAACUCCAGUGAGGAAGAUCUCAGCCUCAGAGUUCGAUAGGCCCCUAAGGCCAAUUGUUGUCAAAGAUUCUGUCGGAACACUGAAAUUUCUUUCUGAUUCUGAAAAGAAGGAACUGAUGCCUCUUCAACCACCCAGUCUGUCCAGAGCAGGAGAUCAGUGCUCAAGGCUUUUGGAACUGGUGAAAGAUAUUUCAAGUCACCUUGACGUCACAACACUUUGUCAUAAAAUUUUUUUGCACAUCCAUGAGCUAAUAGCAGCAGAUCGUUAUUCGCUCUUUUUGGUUUGUGAGGACAGUUCCAAUAAGAAGUUUCUGGUCAGUAGACUGUUUGACGUGGCAGAAGGUACAACUGUGGAACAGGCUUCAAACAAUUGCAUCCGUUUGGAAUGGAAUAAAGGGAUUGUUGGUCACGUGGCAGAGUUUGGUCAGCCCUUGAAUAUAAAGGAUGCUUACCAGGACUCCAGAUUCAAUGCGGAAGUCGACCAAAUUACUGGGUACAAAACACAAAGUAUUCUUUGUAUGCCAAUUAAGAACCACAGGGAAGAGGUGGUUGGUGUAGCACAAGCAAUCAAUAAGAAGUCAGGAAGCAAUGGGACAUUUACUGACCAAGAUGAAAAGGACUUUGCUGCUUAUCUGGCAUUCUGCGGAAUUGUUCUACACAAUGCACAACUUUACGAAACAUCACUGCUUGAAAACAGGAGGAACCAGGUGCUGCUUGACCUUGCAACCUUGAUAUUUGAAGAACAGCAAUCACUGGAAGUCAUCUUAAAGAAGAUCGCAGCUACCAUUCUGUCAUUUAUGCAGGCUCAGAGAUGCACAAUAUUCAUUGUGGAUGAAGAUAGUCCUGAUACCUUUUCAAGUGUGUUUCAUAUGGAGUCUGAUGAAUUAGAAGAGUCUGCAGAUGCUGUAAAAAGGGAAUAUGAUGUGAGCAAAAUGAAUUACAUGUAUGCACAGUAUGUAGCAAAUACAAUGGAAGCAAUUAACAUUCCAGACAUAUGUAAGGACACAAGAUUUCCAUGGACAAACGGAAAUGAAGAGAAGAAUUUCAAGCAUAUUCAGAGUUUGCUUUGCUCCCCAAUCAAGAAUGCAAAGAAGAAUAAAGUAAUAGGAGUCUGUCAACUUGUAAAUAAGGUGGAUGAAAACUCUGGCAAAAUUAAAGCAUUCAACAAAAACGAUGAACAGUUUCUAGAAGCCUUUGCCAUAUUCUGUGGCUUGGGAAUUCAGAACACCCAGAUGUUUGAAGUUGUGGAGCGUGCGAUGGCCAAACAGAUGGUGACAUUAGAGAUUCUUUCAUAUCACGCAUCUGCUGCUGAGGAAGAAACAAUGGAGCUGCAGGUAACAGCGGGAGCCAUUGUGCCAUCUGCACAAUCGCUUAAACUGACAGAAUUCUACUUCAGCGAUUUUGAGCUUUCUGACAUGGAAACCACAUUAGCCACAAGCCGAAUGUUCACAGACCUCAACCUUGUGCAGACCUUCCAAAUGAAAUAUGAGACCCUUUGCCGGUGGAUCCUGAGCGUGAAGAAGAACUAUAGAAAAAAUGUUGCAUAUCACAACUGGAGACAUGCCUUUAAUACAGCCCAGUGUAUGUUCGCAGCCCUGAGAACUGGCAAAAUUCAGGGUAAGCUAAAUGACCUAGAAAUCCUUGCACUGAUGAUAGCCACCUUGAGCCAUGACUUGGACCACAGAGGAGUUAACAAUUCUUUUAUACAGAGAAGUGAACAUCCUCUAGCACAGCUAUACUGUCAUUCUAUCAUGGAGAACCACCAUUUUGACCAGUGCCUAAUGAUACUAAACAGUCAGGGUAACCAGAUUCUAAGUGGGCUUUCUGUUCAAGACUACAAGACUGUUCUGAAGAUGAUAAAACAAGCCAUCCUUGCUACUGAUUUGGCACUAUACAUUAAGCGAAGAAGUGAUUUCUUUGAAUUAGUGAAUAAGAAGAAAUUCAAAUGGGAUGAUCCUUCACAAAAAGAACUGUUCUUAGCAAUGCUGAUGACGGCUUGUGAUCUGUCUGCAAUAACAAAGCCAUGGCCAGUUCAACAACGGAUAGCUGAACUUGUAGCCUCAGAGUUUUAUGACCAAGGGGAUAAAGAGAGGAGGGAACUUAAUAUUGAACCAAUAGACCUGAUGAACAGAGAAAAGAAAGACAAAAUACCCAGCAUGCAGGUUGGAUUUAUUGACGCAGUCUGCUUAGAACUUUAUGAGGCCUUAACGCAGAUCUCUGAAUCGUGUUACCCUUUACUUGAUGGCUGUCAGAGAAAUAGGCAGAUGUGGCAGAUCUUAGCAGAGCAGCAGGAAAAGAACUUGGUGAAUGGGGCGAAGAGCCAGCCUGAAGUGAAGUGCAACAUGGAUUAGAAAAUCACAAGAAACCUGUCAUUUUGUGGUACAAAAUAGCAUUACACUGUCUGAAGAAUUUUAUAUUUCGCACCAGCUGUAUUUAUUCAUUUCACGUAGAUUGUUUCCUCAAAGGAAAAUGUAAAUUGUAUUUCUUUGUAUUAUUUUUAAUAUUAUUAUUUUUGUAAACUGUUCAUUGUCUAAUUGUAUGUAGCUUUGUAACACAUUUCCCCUGUAAAUUUGGCUUAAACUGCUCACUUUCCAUUUACGUGUACUUUGAAUUUUGUAUCGUCCUACUUGAACUAGUGCCUUAACAUGUUCUUGCUUUUUUUUCCUGAAAUAUCUACAGCUAAUCUAUGAGGAAUUAACUGAUAGCUAUUGACCAGUCAAAACCUCAACCCUGCCACCCACACCAUGGGCAUCACUAAAGCAAAA